GUGAGCAGCCCGGGGCUGUCUCCACCUCUUCUGGCAGUUGGACCUAUGAGUGCGCAGCUCGACUUAAAACUAUCAACAGCAGGGGAGGGUGAGCGCGUGUGAGAACCGACGGGGGCGCGGGACCCUGGCAACUUCUGCUCAGGACCCCAACCCGGACGCCAACGUGCCCUGCCCGCUCCAAGAGCCCCGCGCCAGCCAGCGCCUCCCCACCUCCGAGGCGCCCCGCGCCCUCCUGCCAGCCCCGACGGGAUGCCCGCAGCCAUGCUCCCCUACGCCCGCGUCCUGGUGCUUUUGGGAGGUAUAAGGAGUUGGUGUUGCCUCCUACUGAUGAUCCAAGCCCACUCUGAUGGCCCUCACUGCAGAAGCAGCCAGAACAGCAGGAGGCAGCUUCCUGCGUUGGGAGCCCCGCUGCCAGCAGCUCCUGCCCAGCAGAUCACCCAUCACCACACUGCUGCCCCCGCGCCUCAAUGGACCAUGGGUUUCCACUGGCUGUGAAGUACGCCCAGGACCCGAGUUCCUCACCCGCUCCUACACCUUCUAUCCCAGCCACCUCUUCCGAGCCCUCCAAUUCUACUACGGGGACCCCCUCUGCCGGGAGCCUGCCCACUCCCUGCUCAUCAAAGGCAAAGUCCGCCUGCGCCGAGCCUCCUGGGUCACCCGGGGCGCCACCGAGGCCAACUACCACCUGCACAAAGUGGGUGUUGUCUUCCACAGCCACCAAGCACUGCUCGACGUGAUCUCGCGCCUCAAGCAGAGCCCGGCAGGCAGGGACUGUGCCCAGCGGUUACCCCCGGCACAGGCCUGGCAGCCUGGGGCCUUGUAUGAGCUGCUGAGCGCCCGGGCCGGGCAAGACUGCACAGCCGCACUGGGCUUCUCCAUGCACGAGCUCAGUCUGGUCCGCCUACAGCGCAGCCUGCAGCCCCAGCCCCUCAUUGGACCCCGACUGGUGGAGGAACUGUUUUUGGGCGACAUCCAUACAGACUCCGUAGAGAGACAGCACUAUCGACCCACGGGCUACCAGCGCCCACUGCAGAGUGCCCUGGGCAGUCACCGCUCUGCUCUCUGUCUCUCUCACCAGCACCACGCCCACCCUUGCCCAGCCUGCAGCCUUAUUGCCUUCUCAGAUGAGCGCCACCCACCUGUGCUGCCACCCGGAGCAGUAUUGCCUCUGCACUUGGAUGGCCGGUGGGUGAGCCCUGGCUGUGAGGUACGCCCAGCCGUGCUGUUCCUCACCAGGCUCUUCACCUUCCAUGGGCACAACCGCUCCUGGGAGGGCUACUACCACCACUUCUCGGACCCGGCCUGCCAGCAGCCCACCUUUACCAUCUACGCAGCAGGCCACUACACACCGGGCAUGCCCUCUGCCAAGGUCUUGGGUGGCACCGAGCUGGCAUUCCAGGUCACUCAGGCCCGUGUGACCCCCAUGGACCAAGUCACCACAGCCAUGCUCAACUUCUCUGAGCCAAGCAGCUGUGGGGGCCCAGGGGCCUGGUCCCUGGGAACUGAGCGAGACAUCACAGCCACCAAUGGGUGCCUGCCGCUGGGCAUCAGGCUCCCUCACGUGGAAUAUGAGCUUUUCAAGAUGGAGCGAGACUCCCUAGGGCAAAGCUUGCUCUUCAUUGGGCAGAGACCCACUGAUGGGUCAAGUCCCAGCACACCUGAGAGGCGCCCCACUUCCUAUCAGUCACCCCUGGUGCUCUGUGAUGGGAUAGCCCGGGACCUUUCCAGGGCCCCAGAGCACAGGCUCCUACCACAGCAGUCCCUGAAAGGUGGGGAACCUUAUUCUACAGUGGCCCGCAUUCCCUUCCUACUCCUCAUUCCAGGGCUGGCCUUCCUCCAGCUAUGAUGCUAGAAAUCAGUCUCCAACUCCUGGGAGUUUCUCCAGACCCUGUCUGACCUGGUCCAGUCCCUCCCAGGUAUAGAUCUCACCUAAGCCAGGAAGGUCACUUAUUUCCCUCUGUUCUGCCAUGGAUGGUCCUGUGGUCCUGCUGUUAUAUAUUAGUGGAGUCUGUGUUGGGGGGGGGGGGGAAUCUGAACAUGAUUUCAAUAACACCCUCAGAUCUAGCCCACACCCUGACCAUGAACUGGGGUGUCAAGUAGCAUCCGAUGCUCUAAACUCCUGAGCUUUCCAUCUUCAUGGGCAGAUGGGGGAGUGAUGUCCAGAGUGGGCCAUGUGGACACCCCACACCACCACACCUCCUUUCCCCAUCAUGCCCUAGGAAUUAUGUGAACCUAGAGCACAGUUCCACUCAGAAAGCUGCCUCUGCUCAGCGGGAUCUGAAGUUUGUUGUUUAAAGAUGAUUCAUUCAAACUUAGCAAGACAAACUCACACAGGAGCCAUGAAUUAAAGAUGCCACUGCGGGCGCUCAGGGCUUCUUCACUUCCUGGCAGUGCCUGUUUCUUCAGGGGCUGCUCAGCUUGCUAGAGUUGGCACCACAGGCAUCUGUCUGUGCCUGCCUCGAGCUGUCCACACUACAUGGUGGGGGUGAACCGCCUCCUCCCCAUCCAAGGCUUGCUCACCCAGGCAGCCACCCUUCAUUGUGCUGUACUGGCCUUGGGGACAAACCUACAGAGGAAUGCACGUCUCCAUUCAGCCUUUGGAAAGUAAUUAAUCCUAAUGAGAGAGACAACAUUAACAUGCUCUGUAAUUAGCCCAGCACAGGCUAGUGUGCAAGAUUCUCUUUUGCAGGAUGCCUGUGGGUUGACUGACAAGGAGGGAUGGAAACUUACCAUUUGGGACCAUUCAGGGGCAGAGCUCAGGGUCAAGAGGCUGCCCAAGGAUAUGGAAGAAGGAGGCAGCAGACAUCUUCCCCUCGCUCAGCCUCCUCUCCAUGAUGCUAAUGCACUGAUAGCCCCUUGUGCUUUCAGGGGCCUGUCAUCAAGGUGGGGACAGGCUGUGCCUCUCCAGGGACCCUGCCUGUGUUCCUGGGGCCUCGUCUGUACACUGUAAAAUUAACUGGCAUCCUGGUGGGCUCAAGGGUUUCCGGGACACUGUGCUGAUGAUUCGCCCCCUUCUUCUUCCGCCCCAUUCUUAUCUCUGGCUCUUAUCACAGAUCUUGAACAACAAUUGUCUGUGAGGCUAAUGAUGCUUUCAGAGGGAAGCCCUUGUCCUCUGUUAGAUUGUGUGGGGUUCAAUCAGCCCACUGAAAUUACUCUAACUUAUCUACCCAUUCUUCCCUUAAAAAAAAAAAAGCAUCAAGUUAAUAUUCUCUGUAGGUCUCAGAGAGCUACGAGUAUUCCUAGCAUAUUUACCCAAGUACAAGAAAUAAUUAGAUUAUUUACAGUCUCAGACUGCAUCAGGGUUGGGGGGAGAGGGUGGCGGGUUCCUGGUGGGGAUGAGGGUGGGUGACGAUAAUGUGUCCACGGCUGAGUAGAUCUUGUCUCUGAGGCUUGAGGCAACCAUGCCACCAUUUAUCAUCAAAUUUGAAUCUUUUAAUAAAAUUAAACAGCCUGAAAAAUGUACUUGCUGGUUAUUAAAGUCAACCAAGGGGAGUACGGUUCUAAAGAAAAGAAGUGAAGUGUCUUGUCAGGAAUGUGUGAAAGAGAAUAAAACCAUUGGAG